UUGCGCUUCGAUCUGCCGACCUGAAACGGCGGAAGAAGCGAUGGCGUUAAGGCUUCCACUCUCCCGCUCUUCUGCGACCUCCAUCUUCUCUUCUUCGAUUCACUCCACAAGAUUCCUGCGAAUAAGUGAGCGAUCUAAUUAUUGCCCCCUCAGGACUUUUGCAGUGGCAAAAUCUGAAAAAAUUCAUCUGCCUAAGAAGAAAAAGCGAUUGGAUGAGGUAUGUCUUGAGAGAUAUCAGCAGUACAGCCGAACCUUCAUCCAGUCAUGGAUUCUGCAAGGCAAAGUUCUUGUGGAUGGAAGAGUUGUAAGCAAAGCCGGAACACCUGUAUCCGAUAAGUCGGUUGUCGAGAUAAAGGCUGUGGUCCCCAAAUAUGUAUGUAGAGCAGGAUACAAGCUCGAGGCAGCUAUCGAAGAAUUUGGUGUUGAUGUCGUCGGAAAAGUAGCGCUUGAUUCAGGGUUGUCCACAGGUGGUUUUACUGAUUGUUUACUUCAGCACGGCGCGUCAUAUGUUUACGGUGUUGAUGUUGGCUAUGGACAGGUGGCUGAAAAGAUUCGCCAAGACGAGCGUGUCGGUGUAAUUGAACGAACAAAUUUAAGAUAUCUUUCUGAGCUACCACAACUAGUUGACUUGGUGACACUAGACUUAUCAUUCAUCUCUAUACUUCUGGUUAUGCCUGCAGUAGUCAAUGUUAUGAAGUCGGAAUCUACAUUGAUAACAUUGGUCAAGCCGCAGUUUGAGGCUCGUAAAUCCCAGGUAGGAGGUGGUGGUGUUGUGAGAGAUCCUCAGGUGCAUCAAGAAGUUCUCGACAGGAUAAUUAAGGGCGUAGAAGAUUUCGGAUUUCACAGCAAAGGAUGGAUAGAGUCACCAAUUAAGGGCGCCGAAGGGAACACUGAAUUUCUCGUCUGCUUUCAGAGAAUACCCAAGGCGACAUAAUUAAUAGAUUUUCACUGCAGCAUCUCAAUGAUUGGAAUAGCUCCUACCUUUUAACUGAGGAUACCUUUGUAGAGAAGACUAGUUCUGCAACUUCUUUGCGAUCGAAGUGUAUUCAGAAUUGACACAUUCAGACACAUGUCAGUCAGCUGUUGUUCUGUGGUUCUUUACUAACUAGAAACACUAUGUUACCUUGUACAAGCAAAAUGUGUAAGAUGUUGAUGUUACAGAGAAUUUU